ACUACGAUCCCAUACGUGAAAUUGCGUUUAGCGAAGUAAUAGUGCAUAAUAGUUUAAGUUAAAACUUAAGUAGUUUAUAAGCAUGCCUAUUUAUUCUUAUCUGUUUGGAGUAAUUGUCGCAUUUAUUUCUUACGGCGUGUAUCAGAAAUAUGCAAAUGUUUACAUUAGUAUAAGAGUGAAGAUAGAAAAAAGAUACGACUACAUUAUUGUAGGGGCUGGCACCGCAGGUUGCGUGCUAGCCUCCCGUCUCUCAGAAGAUCCCAACACGAAGGUUUUGCUAAUAGAAGCUGGAGAUCACAUGGGUUACUUCACUAAGAUACCUUUGACAGCGACCGCCGCUCAGCUAGGGCCUAGCGACUGGUCUGUGAGGACGACACCGCAAAAAUAUUCUGCGUUUGGUAUGUUUGAUCAGACUCAAAUAAUCCCACGAGGCAAAGGCUUAGGCGGUUCAGGUCAGAUGAACUUCCUGAUGCACGGCUUUGGGCGGCCUGAGGACUACGAGCGAUGGGCUCGUCUGGGCUUCAAGGGCUGGACUGCAGAUGAUUUGAAGCCGUACUUUAUAAAAGCGUUUGGUACUGUGAGGAGUGAGUUUGAUUCGGAGCAUUGCUCGCUCGAUGGCGUGUGUCCAGGAUCUGAGUCGCCAAUGAAGCUAAAACUCAUCGACGAACACGACGUCCUAAUGAGGACUUUCCGAGAAGCGUCCAGAAAAUUGUCAGACAAACACACACUGUUUCGCAAGCCAACAGCGACAAUAAGACACGGAAUGAGAUACGGUACCCUCGAUGCAUAUUUGAAACCAGCCUUAAAGCGAAAGAAUUUGCACGUUCUCCUCAAUACUAAAGCCAUAUCGAUUCGUUUCGAAAACAACACGGCUUCUUCACUCUACAUUCUCAAAAACCACCGUGACCUGGACAACGUUUUCGUGGACAAAGAGAUAAUUUUGUCGUCCGGGGCUAUCAUGACGCCGCAGCUGUUGAUACAAUCCGGGAUCGGACCUAGGAAAUUGAUUCAGAGGUUAAGGAUAAAGCCGGUGGUCUCCAACGAGAGGGUGGGCGAGAACCUACACGACCACAUGAACAUCCCGGUCUACGUCAGCAUCAAGAAGCCGAUCAGCCUAACUCUGGCUAAACUCUUCAGUUUCUCCACGUUCUGGGACUAUUUCUGGAGAAAUCAAGGUUUAUUGUCCUACCCUCCGAUUGCUGGCAUCGAGUAUCAGAACUCGUCUGCUUUGAUACUGUUCUCCAUGGGUACUGCCAGCGAGACACUCCUCCGAGAAAUAUCCAAUUAUAAACACAAGGUGUUCCGCUCAACAUUCGUGUUCCAUAACGACACGAGACGGGAAGGCUUCAUGUUCCUGGCGACGUGUGCGCAGCCACGGACCCGAGGGUCCAUCAAAGUUGCCGACACCAGUUCCUCCACGCCGCCAGUCGUCGAUCCGAACUACUUGCACAAUGGUCAUGACGUCAGAUGCAUCAUCAAAGCAAUGCGUAGAGCUGAGCAGCUGGUGUCAUCUGGACCCUUCCAGGACAUUGGGGCGAGGAUACACUGGCCCAGGCCGGAGCGGUGUCUCUCACUGUGGAGUUACAGCAGGCAGGAUUGGACUGGAUCGUUACGACGGAAUAAAAUAAAAGGCAAGACAUCACAAGAGCCACAAAGGACUCCACGCCCCUCCCAACCCCCAUCCCCCCCGGAUGAGUACCUAGAAUGCAUCGUAAGAGAGCUCGCAGUGCCCGGACACCAUGUUGGCGGAACUUGCGCUGGCGGCAGCGUGGUUGAUGACCAGUUGAGAGUGAAGGAAGUCUCGAAUCUCCGUGUGAUGGACGCCAGUGUACUCCCGUCUCCCGUGUCUCUGUUUCCCAACUCACCAUUAGUAUCGAUGGCAGAGAAAGCUGCAGACCUUAUUAAAAACUCCAUAUAAAUAAAUACCUAAUCGUGU